GAAGACCUUAUUCAGGAUUUCAUAUCUGGUAAUCGUUACUUGUGAUGUUCAGUUCAGGCGUGUCGUCAGACAGACACAUCGGUAGGUGAUCACCCAAGCAUUCGUCUGACAACGGAUCACAACAAUCAAGUUAACCAUGGCUAACGAGCCAGUGAGUGUGAUGUUCAAGGUCUACUGUCUGUCAGUGAUGACACUGGUGGCAGCAACUUACACCGUGGUAUUACGAUACACAAGGACAGUAUCAUCAACAGUUAUGUACUUCUCUACAACAGCAGUAUGCAUCACGGAAUGUAUUAAAUUGUUCUUGAGCCUUGGGAUGUUGACCAAAGAAACUGGCAGCUUUGGCAGGUUAAAAGCGUCCAUAGUUGAACAUGUAUUUUGGAGUCCAAAAGAGCUGCUGAAACUGAGUGUUCCCUCUGUGGUCUAUGCAGUUCAGAAUAACAUGGCCUUUAUUGCCUUGAGCAAUCUUGAUGCAGCUGUGUAUCAGGUGACCUAUCAAUUGAAGAUCCCUUGCACAGCCUUGUGCAUGGUCCUCAUGCUGAACCGCUCUCUCAGCAGGCUGCAGUGGUUCUCAGUCUUUAUGCUGUGUUUAGGCGUCACACUGGUCCAGUGGAAACCGGCAGAGGCCACUAAAGUCCAGGUGGAGCAGAACCCAUUUUUGGGGUUUAUGGCCAUUGCUGUGGCUGUGUUGUGCUCUGGGUUUGCAGGUGUGUACUUUGAGAAGGUCCUAAAGAGCUCAGACACAUCCCUAUGGGUGAGGAACAUCCAGAUGUACCUGUCUGGCAUUGUGGUCACCCUCGCUGGAGUUUACAUGACUGAGGGCGCUCAGGUCAUAGAGAAAGGCUUCUUCUACGGUUACACGCCUUGGGUGUGCUUUGUAGUCUUUUUGGCCAGUGUGGGUGGUUUGUACACAUCAGUGGUGGUGAAGUACACAGACAAUAUCAUGAAAGGCUUCUCUGCUGCAGCCGCCAUCGUUCUCUCUACUGUGGCAUCCGUCACUCUGUUUGGGCUACAGAUAACUGCUACUUUUGCUUGUGGAGCAAUGCUGGUGUGUGUCUCCAUAUACCUUUAUGGACUUCCGAAACAAGACACCACCAAGCUUCCAAGAGCAGACACAGACAAGGAGGCCAGGCAGAAACUGAUCACUGUUUGAAGCCUGGGUCUGGAAUAGCAAAGGUUUAUGGUCUUUCCUGACCUCUGUGUUGGAGCUGCCCAUGAGGCCCUCUUUCACACUGCGGUCUACUGUUGUCCCAUAAGAGCAUCGGCAAGGAACUUCAAUAAUCUAGAUGAAUCAUUAUAUCAGUAAUGAUGGAGCAUAAAGUAAGAGAAGUGUGGCGCUGAGGCAGAAUGUAUACAUAGAAAAUACCAUUUGGGUUUUUAUUCCUUAUUUUUUUUGUUUACUGUGGGACUGCUGUUAGUAAUGGACAACAAUAUUUUUCAUGAACCACUGUCAAUGUCAACUACUCCACUAUUGACAAAGUACCGAAUGUAUAUACACAGCUGACAGAAUCUCACCUGGGAGAGAGCUUGAGCAUUUGCGGUGCAUUCGGAAAGUAUUCAAACCGCUUUCAUUUUCCCACAUUUUUGUUACGUUACAGCCUUAUUGUAAAAUUGAUUCAAUUAAUUAUUUUCCUCAAUCUAUACACAAUACCC